AUGUCCAAAUUCAUAAGAUCUACCACUUCCAAAUAUAAAUUUGGUGCACAUAUGUCCGGUGCAGGAGGUAUAUCUAAUAGUGUCUUGAAUGCCCAUAAUACAGGAUGUAAUGCAUUUGCCAUGUUUUUGAAAUCUCCAAGAAAAUGGGUGUCUCCAGCCUUUACUAAAGAAGAAAUUGCUAAGUUUAAUGAUAACUGUGAAAAAUUCAAUUAUAACCCAUUGACUGAUAUUCUACCUCAUGGACAUUACCUUAUCAAUUUGGCGAACCCAGAUUUGGAAAAAGUUGAUAAAAGUUACGAAUCAUUUCUGGAUGAUUUGAAAAGAUGCGAGUCCCUAGGUAUUGGACUAUAUAAUUUCCACCCGGGUUCUGUCUUAAAGGGAGAUCGUCAAGUUCAAUUGAAACAAUUGGCACAAUUUUUAAAUAGGGCGAUUAAGGAAACUAAAUUUGUUAAAAUUCUAUUGGAAAAUAUGGCUGGUACUGGAAAUCUAGUAGGAAGCAACUUAAAAGAUUUACAUGAUGUCAUUGAAAUGGUUGAAGAUAAAACAAGAAUUGGGGUUUGUGUGGAUACAUGCCAUACAUUUGCUGCAGGGUAUGAUAUUAGCAAUCAAGAGUCAUUUGACAAAUUCUGGAAAGAUUUCGAUAGCAUUAUAGGGUUGAAGUACCUUCAUGCCAUGCAUUUGAACGAUUCUAAGGCACCAUUGGGAGCCAACAGGGAUUUACAUGAAAAAUUAGGUGAAGGUUUCUUGGGAUUGGAAGUGUUUAGAAUUAUAGCACAUGCUGACCACCUGCGUGGAAUACCAAUUAUUUUAGAGACUCCACAACCUGAUGAAGAAGGAUAUGGUCAUGAAAUAAAACUAUUAGAAUGGCUAGAGUCUGUUGAAAACCCGGAAGAUCAAGAACUGAUAACGAAGAGUGAGGAAAAACAGCAAUUGGGAUCCAAAUCGCGUAAGGAACAAUUGAGUAAAUGGGAAAUUAAACAGAAGAAAGCUACCAAGGUUCCUAGAAAGAGAAAAACAGCAAGUAGUGAAGGUGCUGAUAUUGCUGCCCAGCUAACUAACUCUAAAAAGGCCAAGAAAUGA